GCGGCGCCCUCCAAGGCCACGCUCCCCCCUACGUGUAGCAGACGUGUUUCCCGUCUUGUCUCCCGCCAGAGUCACUCUGCCACCCUUGCCGCAGUGGCGGGUCGGUGCGCUGUCGCGGGAUACGUGAUACCAAACGUGGCACCACAGGCGCCCAGUCAGCGCGCUCGGCAAGUGCACUUGAGCGCUCACUUCAGGAAGAGCCUGCAUUUGGCCUUCACAGUCAAGUGCAAGUCCAGCGGCCUAUCGGAACCCAUGCGCUGGUCUGAACGAGGCUCUGAAUAUCUAUGAUCACAUUUACACCGCUCUCGGGCGCGGCGCGGUCCGCGCGCACAAUCCCUCUAGCGUACCUCCUGCAAGUCGAUGAUGUUCGCAUACUAUUGGACUGCGGCUCACCAGACUGGUGUCCAGAGGGAGAGCCAGGCGAACAAGGUCGCCAUUGGGACAAGUACUGUGACACACUGAAGGAGUAUGCGCCCUCGGUGGACCUGGUCCUUCUGUCCCACGGCGACCUCCAGCACUCGGGGCUCUAUCCGUAUGCCUUCGCGCAAUGGGGUCUUACAGCACCCGCGUAUACGACACUGCCUGUGCAAGCCAUGGCACGCAUAGCAGCCACGGAAGACGUAGAAGGCAUCCGGGACGAGCAACAGAUCGGCGACUCUGACGAACGACAGAAGAGCUCUUCGCCUGAGGCUGGCGGUUCAGCUCAUCCCGAAGACAAUGCUGAGAAGUCUACCACUCCUCCACCGAAGGCCCCGAAGGGCAGAUACAUCGCGACCCUACAUGAAGUACAUGAAGCGUUUGACUCGGUGAACGUGCUGCGAUACUCGCAGCCGUGUCAUUUGCAAGGGAAGUGCCAGGGUCUCACUAUCAUCCCGUUCAACGCGGGACACACGCUCGGCGGCACAAUAUGGAAAAUACGUUCUCCGACUGCAGGCACGAUACUCUACGCAGUGGACAUGAAUCAUAUGCGCGAGCGUCACCUUGAUGGCACUGUUCUGGUGCGACAAGCAUCCGCGGGUGGCGGUGUCUUCGAAAGUCUUGCCCGACCGGACUUGCUCAUCACCGACGCCGAACGGGCAGUAGUGACUACAGCACGCCGGAAAGACCGCGACGCUGCACUCCUAGACUGUAUCGACUCUACCCUGACUUCCCGCAACUCCGUGCUCAUGCCAUGUGACUCAAGUACGCGAGUGCUCGAGCUCCUGGUGCUCCUCGACCAACAUUGGAACUACUCCCGCUUGAAGUUCCCCAUAUGUUUGCUUUCGCGGACGGGGCGCGAGAUGCUCACGUUCGUGCGCAGUAUGAUGGAGUGGCUUGGAGGGACCAUCAGCAAGGAGGACGUGGGCGAGACUGGGACAGGAGGGAACAAGAACAAGCGGAGACGAGACGACGAUGACAAUGAUGAUGCCUUGGGAGCCUUCGCUCUCAGAUUCCCGCACCUCGAGUUCUUCCCCACCCCCCAAUCGCUCAUGCAGACUUACAGCUCCAAAGACCCCAAGCUCAUCCUCGCGGUCCCCGCCUCGCUCUCUCACGGGCCCUCGCGCGCGGUCUUCUCAGAGUUCGCCGAGACACCGGACAACGUCGUGCUGUUGACUGGUCGGAGUGAGGAGGGCACCCUUGGACGCGUCCUGUUCGACAAGUGGGACGACUCUCAGAGGGAUGACGCGAAAUGGGAUCGUGGCAAGAUCGGGAACAACGUCAUGAUGGACGGUGUCCUGCACCUCGAGAUGCACGCAAAGGUCCCGCUGCAGGGUGCGGAGCUCGAAGAGUACCUCGCGAAAGAACGUGCCGUUCAAGAGAAGGAAGCUGCUCAGAAGGCCGCUCAGGCUCGCGCACAACGGAUCCUCGAAGCUGACGAAGGCGAGGACGACACCGACGAAGACAGUGAAGCCGAAUCGGACGACGAAGAGAACGAGGUCGAAGAAGCUCUCGACGACGAGCUCAUGGACACCGACGACGGGGCGCCCCCGCAGGCCCCUCCGAACGGGCGCAUGAAGCGCAAAUCGCAGAAAGGCGGCACCGGCGAAGGGAAGGACUGGAUUGACGAUGUCGGCGACGAGCUUGCGCAGAAGCUGUCCUUCGAUAUCUACCUCAAAGGGAACGUGUCGAAGGCCACGUCGUUCUUCAAGAGUGAAGGCCAGACGCAGCGGUUCCGUAUGUUCCCGUAUGUGGAGAAGAAGCGGCGGGUGGACGAGUAUGGCGAGACGGUCGAUGUGGGGAUGUGGCUGCGGAAAGGCAAGGUGCUCGAGGAGGAUGCGGAGAGCGAGGAGGUCAAGGAGAUGCGGAGAAGGGCUGAGGAAGAGGCGAAGAAAGCUCCGACUGAACCACCAUCAAAAUUCGUGAGGACGGAAGUGGACGUCCAGCUCGCUUGCCGACUGUUUUUUGUCGAUAUGGAGGGCCUCAACGACGGCCGUGCAGUCAAGACGAUUGUGCCACAAGUCAACCCUCGCAAAAUGAUUAUCGUUCAUGCGCCGGCUCAGGCAACGGAUGCUCUGAUCGAGAGCUGUUCAAACAUCCGAGCUAUGACUCGCGACAUCUACGCUCCGACGCAAGGGGAGAACGUGCAGAUCGGGCAGCACACCAACAGCUUCUCAAUAUCCUUGAGCGACGAGUUGCUCGCGUCACUGAAGAUUUCUCAGUUCGAGGACAACGAGAUAGGCUAUGUCGCCGGGCGCAUAUCCAGCCUUGCGGGGUCCACCAUCCCCGUCCUAGAGCCAAUGGCCUCACGGCUCCCCGAAAAAGUCAUCCGCAAAGUGCAGCGGCCGCGCACGCUCGGUUCACGGCCGACGCGAACACUACCGCAGUCGACGAUGAUCGGCGAGCUGAAGCUUACCGCGCUCAAGGCGCGCCUGGCGAAGGUCGGCGUGCACUCGGAGCUCAUCGGCGAGGGCGUGUUGAUUUGCGGCCCUGGCAAAAAGGGCGCCAGCGCCGAGUCGAUAGAGCAUACGGUCGCGGUGAAGAAGACGACGCGGGGUAGGGUCGAGGUGGAGGGCACCGUCUCGGACGUGUAUUAUGUUGUCCGCAGGGAGAUCUACAAUCUGCACGCACUCGUUGCAGCUUGAAUCAUUCAUUCUGUUGUGUUUGCAGUGUGCGUGCAUUUCGUCAGUGAGGAUUUCGGUGUGUCGCGCUAGGCUUCACAGCGGAUCCUUUCUUGACCCGGCGUUGUGGAUGUUGCGCUCAUACUAUUUUGACAUUACAUGCUACUGUUGUGUAUUAAAUGCAUUGCAGAUUCGAUGGAUGUUGC